UGGGCCGCCACCGCCUGUGUGGUGACCGGCGCGUCCCGCGGUUUCGGCCGCAGCCUGGCUCGGCUCCUGGCGCCGCAGCUCGGCCCCGGCUCGGUGCUGCUGCUGCUGGCGCGCUCCGGGGAUGCGCUGGGCGAGCUGGCGACCGAGCUUGGCACCGGGAGUGGCACCGGGCUGCGGGUGCAGUGCGUGCCCGCUGACCUGGGCUGCGAGGAGGGGCUGCGCAGGGCGAGCGCUGCCCUGCGGGAAUUGCUGCAGGAUUCGUCCUUUAACCGCCUGCUCCUGGUCAACAACGCCGGUUCUUUGGGAGACAUCUCCAAAUCCUUCCUGGACCUCAACGACCUGCACGACAUCAACACCUACUUCUCCUUCAACAUCAGCUCUGCUCUGUGCCUCACCUCCACAGCCCUGAGGGCCUUUGGGGCACGGCCUGGCUGCAGCAGGACCGUGGUGAACAUCUCCUCCCUGUGUGCCAGGGAGCCCUUCCCGAGCUGGGCUCUGUACUGUGCUGGGAAGGCAGCUCGGGAUAUGAUGUUCAGGGUGCUGGCACUGGAGGAGCCCGGGCUCCGUGUGCUCAACUAUGCCCCAGGUGAGGACAGAGGCUCCCUGCUGCUUUUCCAGCUUUUGGGAAUCAAAUUCCUGCAGGCCAGCCCUGCUCCUGCCCCUCCUGAGCAGCACAAGUGGAACCCCCAGCUCUCUGUGCUGGAAGCAGCAGCUGGAUUCAAACUCUACAGCGGGAACCCCCGGCAGCCGGAGCCCCUCUGCCAGAACUUCUCGGCGCGCCUGCAGCAGCGGCUCCAGUCCAGUUUUUCGGGCGCUCUCUGA